AGAGCAUCGAGCGGCACGCGCACAUGAUGGCGAUCAUCAUGCAGCCGCUGCGGUCGGUCUCGGUGGCGGACAAGGACGCGAUCAAGCCGCUGCGGGUCAUGGUGUCGGCGACGUGGGAGGUGAGCGCCAAGGUGUGGAUGUCGGGGAUGACGCUGCACUACACCUUCCCCGACUGCGCGUGCAAGUUCGCCGAGGGCACCAUGGAGCCCGUCAACGGCGGCGCACUGGGCCUCUCCCCCUCCGAGCUCCAGAUGUCGCAAACCAGGGUGUCGUUCGUGGUCUCCCCCGUGCUGUCGGUGCGCGACGAGAGGGACGAGACCGAGCUCGAGUACCACGGCAUCAAGAAGGCGCAGGUCCUGGUGAUGAAAUAAAUCGUUGGGUAACUCCUUACCGAAGUAUGGGCUAUUCAAAGCAGUCUUGAGGCCGCGGCGCCCACGAUGCAUGCCCCUAUUCUUUUCGACAUCUUUUUACGCGUG